ACUAACUUUAAUCAUAUUAGACAGCAGAACAUACUAUCAAAUAAUCAAAUAUAGCAUAAUAAAAUACGUAAAAUUUACUUGGGCGUAAAUAUAAGAUGUCAAGUUAGCAUUUCGUAAUUAUUUGAAUACGCUAAAAAAUUGAGAUGACUCCGUGUGUCGUAAUAUCUAAUUCUAGUAGCGAGAUUCAACCGGAAGAAGUUAUAAAAGGUAUUCUUGAGGAGGAUGUGCUUCCAGAACCGUUGCUUAUUCUUCCAGAAGUUCGUGGAUAUUCGUGGCAUAUCAACACGAAAUACUAUGAAGCAGAUAUCCAGGUGUGUUCCCUCGACAGAAAGUCGAUUGGAACGGAGGAAUUUGCAGAAGCCGUGAACGCCUUCAUUUUACCAUUUGAUAGCAAGCUGGGUGAUGGCUUAAAAGUUGCUGAGCAAUGGUUGACGUUCAUUGAAGAGCUGGACCCUGAGAUCAAAAUCCUACUUUGUAACUAUUGUACCGACGAAGUGAAUCUAGCAACAGCAGUUAGCAAACUUGAUGCUCAAACUUGGUGUGUUAAAAAUGGGUUUGAACUGGUCGAAUUGAACCCGGUCGCUAUUACGGAUGAAUCUGAUCUUGAAGAUGAUUUUCCUGAAAGUACGAGCAUCAAGCGUGUUAUCCAAUCUCUUCAUGCCCAUGUUUGGUCUAACCUCGUAAUGAAAGGUAAUGGACAUCAGCCCAUUCCGUUAGCAGGUUUACAGGUUCUAAAUGGAUUACCGGGAACGUCGACAAAUUCCAGUUUGUUGGAAGUAAAAGUUAAUGGGGAUUCUUGCAAUCAUUCCACAACUCCAAACCGAACAAAGUUAAUUGCAGAAGUAAAACCUAUUCCAAGGGAGCCUAUUGUGCAAAGUAAUGUUGCUAUUGUAAAUCCAACACAAAUGACCUCUCCUAAUUACGGUGAUACUGUUGGAAGUAAUGGAGCUACUGGUCCUUCGACUUCGAGUGGCGAAGGCAAUUCUUUCAAUCUCUCAGGUGAAGCAGAUAGCAGACCUUCCCCAGUCAGGGAUACUCGGCUUGAUGCAAUUUUUCAAGCCAUGGAAUCGAUGCCAGAGGAAUCUUUCGAAGAGUUGUUUAAUAAUUUAAAUGAAAUGAAAAGCAAAGCAGAAAGUCUGUCUCCAAGUCAGAGGAAGGCGUAUGCAGAAAAAGUUGCUAUUUCAUUUUGGAAAUCAGUUUCAGGUGGGAAUGAUUCUGAAAUUGAUAAUAUUUCUUCAGAUGACGAUUAAUUAUUGGUGGCGACGAGAAUUUAUAUAAUAGUAAGAAUAAUUUUUAUCUUAUAAUAAUGUUUUUGUUUUUGUGAUUCAAUAUAUUUUAUAUUCAUAUACAUAUACACAUCAAUGUGAUAUGCAUAAUAAUUAUAUAAUUAAUUAUAUUUAUAAUUGGCAUGCUACCUGUGCUUUGUAUUCAGCAGUUUGAAUUUUUAAUAAAACGCAGAAUCAAUCUCCUCACUUUAUGCGAGGCAUGUGUGAUUAUA